AUUGGAUCUAAGCACCCGAACUCCAACAUGAAGAUGCCAGAGAUAAUUCAACCAAACAGGCAAGUGGUGGCCUUUGUUUUGAUGGUGUUCUUGUCUCAGGCUUGCCUGGAGCCUAUUCGUUAUUCUGUGAUGGAAGAAACAGAGAGUGGCUCCUUUAUAGCUCAUCUGGCCAAGGAUCUGGGCCUGGGAACUGGGGAACUGGCCACUAGGUCAGCCCGGGUGGUGUCUGACGAUGACAAGCAGCGCUUGCAACUGGAUCGUCAGACUGGAGAUUUGCUUUUGAGGGAGAAACUAGACCGGGAAGAACUAUGUGGCCCUGUUGAACUGUGUGUACUGCAUUUCCAAGUGUUGCUGGAAAAACCGGUGCAAUUUUUUGAAGGAGAAUUAUCAAUCCAAGACAUAAAUGACCACUCCCCAGUAUUCCCGACUGGGGAAAUGCUCUUGAAAAUACCGGAGAACAGCCAGCCAGGGACUCUGUUUCCGUUGAAAUUAGCUCAGGAUUUGGAUGUGGGCAGCAAUGGUCUUCAGAAAUACACUAUCAACCCCAAUUCUCAUUUUCAUGUUCUAAAUCGAAAUCAUAGUGAGGGCAAGAAAUACCCAGAUUUGGUGCAGGACAAAGCACUGGAUCGAGAGGAGCAGGCUGAGUUCACCUUAACCCUCACAGCCCUGGAUGGUGCGUCUCCACCUAGAUCUGGCACCAUCACAGUGCGAAUCCUGAUCAUGGAUGUCAAUGACAACGCUCCAGAGUUUGUGCACACCCCAUAUGAAGUACAGGUCUUGGAAAACAGCCCUCUAGAGUCUCCAAUACUUAGUGUCUCAGCUAAAGAUAGAGAUUCUGGAAACUUCGGGAGUAUUUCCUAUGGCUUUUUCCAAGCAUCCGAUGAAAUUAAACAAACUUUCUCAAUUAAUGAAGUCACAGGAGAAAUCCGACUGACAAAGAAACUGGAUUUUGAACACAUUAAAUCUUACCACGUAGAAGUUGAGGCCAUAGAUGGAGGAGGCCUUUCUGGAAAAGGCACUGUAGUCAUACAUGUGGUGGAUGUGAACGACAAUGCCCCUGAACUUACCAUAUCUUCACUCACCAACUCCAUCCCAGAAAAUGCUCCUGAGACUGUAGUCUCUAUCUUCAGAAUUCGAGAUAAAGACUCUGAAGACAAUGGAAAGAUGAUUUGCUCUAUUCCAGAUAAUCUGCCAUUCCUUCUGAAACCUACUUUCAAGAAUUUCUACACGCUCCUAACGGAAAGUCCCCUCGACAGAGAGAGCCAGGCCGAGUACAACAUCACCAUCACCGUCACGGACUUGGGGACCCCCAGGCUGAAAACGCAGCACAACAUCACCGUGACGGUGUCCGACGUCAACGACAACGCCCCCGCCUUCAGCCAAACCACCUACACCCUGCGGGUCCGCGAGAACAACAGCCCCGCCCUGCACCUAGGCAGCGUCAGCGCCACAGACGCAGACUCGGGCGCCAACGCCCACGUCACCUACUCGCUGCUGCCGCCCCAGGACCCGCAGCUGCCCCUGGCCUCCCUGGUGUCCAUCAACGCGGACAACGGGCAGCUGUUCGCGCUCAGGUCCCUGGAUUACGAGGCGCUGCAGGCGUUCGAGUUCGGCGUGCGCGCGGCCGACCGCGGCUCGCCCGCGCUCAGCAGCCAGGCGCGCGUGCGCGUGCUGGUGCUGGACGACAACGACAACUCGCCCUUCGUGCUGUACCCGCCGCAGAACGGCUCUGCGCCCUGCACCGAGCUGGUGCCCAGGGCGGCCGAGGCGGGCUACCUGGUGACCAAGGUGGUGGCGGUGGACGGCGACUCGGGCCAGAACGCCUGGCUGUCGUACCAGCUGCUCAGGGCCACGGAGCCCGGGCUGUUCGGCGUGUGGGCGCACAACGGCGAGGUGCGCACGGCCAGGCUGCUGAGCGAGCGCGACGCCGUCAAGCACAGGCUGGUGGUGCUGGUCAAGGACAAUGGCGAGCCGCCGCGCUCGGCCAGCGUCACGCUGCACGUGCUGCUGGUGGACGGCUUCUCGCAGCCCUACCUGCCGCUCCCGGAGGUGGCGGCGGCCGAGGCGCAGGCCGACCCGCUCACCGUCUACUUGGUCAUCGCCUUGGCGUCCGUGUCGUCGCUCUUCCUGUUCUCGGUGCUGGUGUUCGUGGCGGUGCGGCUGUGCAGGCGGAGCCGGGCGGCGUCUGCGGGUCGCUGCCCGGUGCCCGAGGGCCACUUUCCGGGCCACCUGGUGGACGUCAGCGGCACGGGGACGCUGUCCCAGAGCUACCAGUACGAGGUAUGUCUGACGGGAGUCCCUAGGACUGGUGAGUUCAAGUUCCUGAAGCCGGUAUUUCCCAACCUCUUGGUUGAAGACACUGAGAGAGAAAUUAAAGAAAACCCCAACUGCAGGAAUAGCUUUGUAUUCAAUUAAGGAUUGUAUUUGGUCAAGUCAUCCUCUCAAUUUUGGCAAACCUAACUCCCAUUGCAAUGCCUUUCUUUUAAGAAUUUUUGUUGUCUAAAUAUGUACACUUUUAUUCCAAACCUAUGCAUGUCCCUGAUUGUGCUUAAUUUUCCCCCUUUUAUUAAUAUUCAUUGGG